GCGGCCAUGGCGAAGCUGGUGGCUCUCACCGCCCUGGGGCUGGCUCUGGCGCUGCUGGGCGAGAGGUUCGUGGCGCUCAGGAAUCGGCUUAACGCCUCCAGAGAAGUGGAGCCCGUGGACCUGCCCAACUGCCACCUGAUCAGAGGUGUAGAAUCGGGGUCUGAAGACAUCGACAUCCUUCCCAACGGCCUGGCCUUCCUCAGCGUGGGCCUCAAGGUUCCCGGGAUCCAGUGCUUCGCCCCAGAGAAGCCGGGGGGGAUCCUGCUGCUGGACCUGAACAAGGACAAGCCCCGGGCCCUGGAGCUGCGGGUCAGCCGUGGCUUCGACCUGAUGUCCUUCAACCCCCACGGCAUCAGCACGUUCAUCGACAAAGACGGCACCGUGUAUCUCUUCGUCGCCAAUCACCCCGAGUUCAAGAGCACGGUGGAAAUUUUCAAAUUUGAGGAAGAAGAAAACUCGCUUUUACACCUGAAAACGCUCCGCCACGAGCUCCUGCCAAGCGUGAAUGACGUCGUCGCCGUGGGCCCCGAGCAUUUCUACGCCACCAACAGCCACUAUUUCUCCGACGUUUUCUUGAAGUAUCUCGAGGUCUACUUGAACCUGCGCUGGACAAACGUCAUCUACUACAGCCCCGAGGGGGUCCGCGUGGUGGCCGAGGGCUUCGAUUCCGCCAACGGCAUCGUCAUGUCCCCCGAUGAGAAGUACAUCUACGUGGCAGACAGCCUUGCCCACGAAAUCCACGUCAUGGAAAAACACGCCAAUUGGAGCUUAACUCAAGUCAAGGUGCUCCACCUGGACACAGUGGUGGACAACCUGUCCAUUGACCGUUCCACGGGAGACCUCUGGGUGGGCUGUCACCCCAACUGCCUGAAGCUGUUCAUCUAUGACCCCAGCAAUCCCCCUGCAUCCGAGGUGCUUCGGAUCCAGAACAUUCUUUCUGAGGCGCCUACAGUGAGCACCGUCUAUGCCAACAACGGCUCCGUGCUGCAAGGCAGCACCGUGGCCUCCGUGUAUGGUGGCAAGUUGCUCAUUGGCACACUGUUCCAUAGAGCCCUGCAGUGCCAGCUCUGAGGGGCAGCCGUGGCACCUGCUCUUACUAACACCGAAUUCACUGUGAAUGUUCAUCCAAUAGUGCAGGUGACUGAGACGUAGGCAGCGUAGAAGGAAGUCCCCGUUUUCCUGGGCAAGAAGGUGGGAGCGAGGGCAGUGAGGGGGGCUUGGGUGGGCAGCGGUACUGCCGGUGAUGUAUCCCCGCCCUGGCAGGGUGCCCAAGUCCCGCCUUCACCCACCCGCCCGCAGCCCUCGCCCGGCUUCCAGGACAGAGUCGGGCUGUCUGAGAAGAGCCCCGCCGGCUGUGAUGCCGCGUCCCCUGGCAGCGGCCACUGCCCGUGUGCUGGCAGCCUCUUCUAAGCAGCAUCUGCGGUUGUCCUGAGACUGACACCUUCAGCAAUUAAAUGCUUCCUGAAACCCA